AUGUCUAACAAGUUCCAUUGUGAUAUUUGUUCUGCAGAUUGUACAAACAGAGUCAGAAUAACAUGUGCGGUGUGUCCAGAGUAUGAUUUAUGUGUGCCAUGCUUCGCAAAAGGGUUAUACAACGGUAAGCACCGGCCAAGCCAUGACUAUAAAGUGAUUGAAACCAACUCAUACCCGAUUCUCUGUGAGGAUUGGGGCGCUGAUGAAGAGUUACUGUUGAUAAAAGGAGCCCAGACACUGGGAUUAGGUAACUGGCAAGAUAUUGCGGAUCAUAUCGGAUCUAGAGAUAAGGAAGAAGUUUAUGAUCAUUAUUUGAAGUUUUACUUGAACAGUGAACACUAUCCUAUUCCAGAUAUCACAAAAGACAUUAAUGAACCGCAAGAACAAUUUUUGGAGAAAAGAAAGAAACGCAUGGAAAGAUUUAGGGAAAGGCCUUUGGAACCUCCUAGGAAACCGAUGGCAUCACAACCGUCAUGCCAUGAAGUGCAAGGGUUUAUGCCAGGUAGAUUGGAAUUCGAAACGGAGUUCGAGAAUGAGGCCGAAGGUCCGGUCAAAGAUAUGGUCUUCGACGCCGAUGAUCAACCGUUAGAUAUUGAAGUGAAGUUGGCUAUUCUUGACAUCUACAACUCGAGAUUGACGACUAGAGCAGAAAAGAAGCGUUUGUUGUUUGACAAUUGUCUGAUGGAAUACAGGAGACUACAAAGUCUCGAUAAGAAGCGUUCAAAAGAAACCAAAGAUUUGUACAACAAAAUUAAGGCUUUCGCAAGAAUCAUGUCCCCGCUGGAUUUUGAAGAAUUCAGCAAAGACAUAUUGGAAGAACUUCGGUGUCGAACAAGAAUUCAUCAAUUGCAAGAAUGGAGGAGCAACGGUAUCACUACUUUGGAAGCUGGUCUUAAAUAUGAACGUGAUAAACAAGCAAGAAUUAUGACAUUGGAAAGAUUUGGAAGUCAAGUGUACUCUUCUUCUUCAUCUAGUAACACUGCCCGUUAUAGAGCUACUUCGGCCCAUAGAUCGCAAGCUGAUUAUGCUCAAAAUUAUAACGAAGGAAGUGGACGUAAGAAACUAAUGACUAUCAGUGACAUUCAGCAUGGGGCAGAUUUCCAAUUAUUAUCAGCUGAGGAACAGCAGUUAUGCAUAACGUUGAAAAUUUUGCCAAAGCCUUACAUUGCCAUCAAAGAGGUACUAUUCAGAGAAUUAAUACGGACUGCAGGUCAACUCUCGAAGAAACAGUGUCGUGAUUUAUUGAAUAUCGAGGCAACGAAGGCCAACAGAAUCUAUGAUUUCUUCGUUUCUCAGAAUUGGGUUUAA